GGUUAACGUUAGCUCUUCAGUGCUGUCAUUAGCCGCUUAUGAAUUAUAGUUGUAUAUUAUAAUUCACAGCGGUUUUUUUUUCAGUGUUGAGAAGUGAUCUUAGACAUCAGAUGGUAUCUUCACUACAGGUGAUCUACAUUUACGAUGUUAAACAGACGCCAAAGUGACUUACAGUUGUGACAGUAAACAAUCUAAGCAAUUGAUGGUUAAGGGCCUUGUUCAAGGUCCAAGCAGUGGCAACCUGGCAGUGAUGGGGCUUGAACCGGCAACCUUCUGAUUACUGUGGUAGUGCCCGACUUGGGCAGUAGAGUGAAUACAUAGGCUUCUCUUAGCCUUGUUGAGUUGGACAUCUAUCUGUGCCCCGUGAAGCUCAGCGAUGUCCAGUCAAUUCCGCAGCUACAUCUGGGAUCCAGUACUCAUCAUCUCCCAGAUCGUUCUCAUGCAGUGCAUUUACUACAGCUUUUUGGGCCUGUGGUUAGCUGGAGUGGAUGGACUUGUGCAGACCAGCAGAUCACUUGAUCAGAUCUUCAGUUAUGGGGUUCUUGGUUUUUCGACGACACAGGGACGACUCUCGAUGAUGGCAUACAUUCUAAACUCUUUAACAUGUGCUUUGGGCUUGUGGAUCUUUAUCCGGCGUGGAAAGCAGUGCUUGGACUUCACAGUCACGGUGCAUUUUUUUCACAUGAUAGGCUGCUGGAUCUAUAAUUCCCACCUUCCAGCUGCCCUAUCCUGGUGGCUGGUUAACGUGGCCUGCAUUGCCCUGAUGGCAGUAAUCGGCGAGUACCUGUGCAUGCGGACAGAGCUCAGGGCCAUUCCUGUGAACACUGGACCCAAAUCUAAUCUCUAAGAAUAGACUAUGGACUCUGUGGAAGAUGUGUACAGGCUGGUGAUUUGAUGAUAUCAUUUCUCAGUGUUAGCGUCUGCUUCAGCGGGUGAAAGACGAGGUGAUCUGGAUCUAACUAUGGACUAAAAAGGCACAUUUUUUUCUUUUAAGAGAGCUUCGUUUUGUCACUAUUAUUUUCUUAAUCAUAAAAGAAAACUUAUGUGGAUUUUUUUGACCUUCAUAAACAAAGACUUAAAAUCCCAGGAUGAGGACUGACUCGUAAGGAAAGUCCUUAUUUUAGUAUACAAUUCAAAAGACUUUUAAACAUGUUUGGGUUAAUAAAGUUAGACACUGAGGAACAUUAAAGUUCAGUUUUAAUAAGAUUUGAAUAAACAUUCUGUGUUUGUUGUUGAAAACCAGUGUACAGUCCUGUCAGGGGACACAAACUUUCUAUUAGUGGUCUAGUUUUACACUGUUAAUGAGUGACCAUAAUAAUCAUUGUUAAUCACUCAGUGCUGAUGUACUUAUAUCUACUUAAAACAGACCACACAUCAGGUUUGGAUAACAGUGUUUCUUAGACUGGAAACACAAAGAAAAACCAUGUUUUUGUUGUCUCACUAAAAUAUGAUUAAUUCCAGACACCUAAGGCCACUUGGUGGUCAAAGAUGCACUUUAAAUUUGUUAGAAAUUCAGAAAAGUCACCACAAGUCACACUCAAAACCAAAGUGAGGUAAAAAGAGCUAACAAGAACAAGUCUGGCAUUGCCUAAUGUGGUCUAAUUGAUUUUUGUUCUAUUUUACUCUGUUUAAAAAUCUGUUGAAUCUGUAUAAAAAUAACACCAGUGCACUCGCAUGGUGCAGCGGUAAUAAUUUGCAAUGCCUGCAGCAGACAAAAUUGGCAUUAAGUCUGCCGGGUGGAAAAAGACUGGACCGUAGGGUGGGUGGGGUCCUCGAUGCUGUGCAGGGACCCUGGAUAGUAGCUCGAGGCGCCUGUACAGGAAGAGGAGGAGCCCAAAGAUCACAUGAAUACUGGCCUCACACACAAAUUCACUAAAUGUGUGGGCGGAAAAGAAGGGGUUGGUGGACUGCACUUGCAUCAGAAUUACCCUCCUCGAACAUGUCAAGAGUCUCCAGCAGUGGAAGACGAAUUGACUACGCUACAUUAGAAGGAAAAAAAACUUGCCAUUCAAUCACUGCUGAGACUUGGAGCUCGUAAUGUCUUAUCUCAGCUCUGCUGCCAGCCAACCAGCCGGGCACCUUCACCAACAUGUUUGGCUAUGUCUGUAGGGAUUUUUAGUUGCUGUUACCAUUGUGACAUCUGCUGGCUGGUUGAUGGUGUCUACACAGAGAUGAAGAAUAAUGGAGAGAAGUGUGUAUCCGUACAUGAUACUGAUCUGUGUGUGAACCCUGAAAAAUAUAUAUAACAGAGUAUUGUUAAGCUUUUCAUCAGUGCACGCUAUUAUAAAUAAAGCAGCUAAAUGUG